UAAUAGUUUAUAACAAUGGAUGUAGACAAUAUUUUACGGUCGUUAGGAACUUAUGGGCGAUAUCAAGUUCUACAGUUUGCUUACAAUCUGUUCUGUUUACCGAUUCUGACAUAUCCAGUAGUCAUUUAUGUAUUUGUUGGUUACAUUCCAGACUUUAAAUGUAAGAUACCAGAAAAACACGUGACAAAUUACUACGCCGACAUCAAUACGUCAUAUAACGUCACAAUCCAUUCGAUUCAAUGUGACGUCAUCUAUGAGACAAACAGGUCUGGGGUUCUCACACGGGAGACUAUUCCAUGUCGGGAUGGAUACGAAUAUUUUGGCCAGGAGACCACUGCGUCAGAGUGGAAUCUUGUUUGUGGAGCCGAGGGCCUAGGAAGUAUGUCAACCACAAUGACGGUGAUUGGACAGAUGAUAGGAGCUGCACUGUUUCCCGCCCUGGCAGAUAAAUACGGUCGUCUGCUGAUCUCCUACACAAACUUUAUCGCCAUGGCUCUGUGUUAUGUGUUGGCAGCUUUUGUUCCUUGGUUCAGUGCCUUCGUCAUCUUAAGAUUACUAAUGGGGGCCUUUGGCCAGGGAGCUGGAUUGACGUUGGCAACCCUGCUUUUGGAGAUUUUUCCCGCUGAGUCACGUGGCAAUGUUGUCUCUAUCGGAAGUGUAGCCUGGUCUCUCUCCAUUUCUUCCAUAUCUCUAGUAGCCUACCUCCUCCGUAACGUAUCCUGGAGAUACACCAUGCUGGCUGCCGGUAUCAUAGGCUCCCAUAGCCUGGCUUCACGCUGGAUCCUUCAAGAAUCUCCUCGAUGGCUUGUAGCAAAUGGUAGAUACGAGGAGGCAAAACAAUGGAUAAAACGAGCUGCCAAGUGGAACAAAAUAGAUCCUUCUAUUAUAAUAGACGAGUUUGACUCUGAAUUACAGAGUAGUGAAUUACAGUUGCUUGUAGAUGAAACCACUGUGUAUAACAAACCCGGGACAAACGAUGAACAGACCGGGAAAAAGAGAAAGGAGGAGAGGUUGUCUGUUUUGGAUAUUUUCAGGCAUAAACACAUUCUACUGACGUCCGUCAUAGUGUGGAUAGUAUGGUUUGUAAACAGUAUCACGUAUUAUGGACUUUUUCUGACCUCCGGUACCAUGAGUGGAAAUGUGUAUCUUAAUUUCUUCCUAAAUGGCAUCGUUGAGAUCCCAAGCAUUUUUCUCUAUUUGUUUACAAUCAACAGAUAUGGUAGGAAGAAGACCUGUGUCAUGUUUCACGCCAUCGCUGGUGUUAGUCUGACCUUGACUGCCGUCCUUAACUUUACAGCAGAUACACCAGCGUUGAAGGGGUUGGCCUCGGCUCUGAGUUUUGCCGGAAAGUUUGGAAUAUCUGGUUCAUUCAUGACGAUUUUCCUAUACACACCAGAAAUAUAUCCUACAAAUUUAAGAGCUUUAGGUAUGGGUCUGGCAUCUGCUGCGGCUAGAAUAGGAGGGAUGAUCUCUCCUUAUGCAGCCUUGUUCGGCGCCUAUAUCCCAUGGGGUCCAGGUGUGGUGUUUGGCUCUCUGUCACUCGUGGUAACAGUUCUGUUUCUAUGGUUACCCGAAACAACUGGGAAGGAACUGCCAGAUACCCUAGAAGAAGCCAAGAAUUUCUAUGUACUGAAGGACAACAAGAAAAAGACCACAAUGAAUGCUUUAAACGGAGAUUUCUAGCAAAAAAUUGACAAGACUCUACACGUUUCUAAUUGUAAAUUACAAAAGUGUACACAUUAUACAGGAGAAACGAGCUUUUUUGUAUUUAUCAUACAUCAUAGUCAAUAUGCAUUCCUAAUGAAGAGAAGAGGUGACCUUCCAUGUUUGACAUCGUAUUCGUAGGUUUUGGUUAUUUGAAGCAGAAGAUAAAAUGUUCAUUUUUUGAACGAACGCACCGUAACAAUAGCUUAUUCGAUUAAGCGGUUGUUCUGUUGCAUGUUGGAGAGAGGAUUGAUAUUUAAAAGAAAAUCUCAUAUCACUUCCUACAAAACUUUCGGAAAACGUGAGGUAGAUCCAGCAUCUGACCCUUGUCAUUUGGUUUGAAAUCCAAAAUGAAACACCGGUGCAUGUUUGGUCACGAUAGAGCAUAUAGUUACAUAAGAAUUAGAUCCCCUCCAUAACCUUUAUGCUUUUCACUUAUCAAGACUAGAAAGUUCAAAAUGGAGGCACGUGUCACCUGCACGUUGUAGAUUCAUUAAAGAUGUAAAUAAAUCUAA